AUGGUACAGCCCAUGUCUGAAACCGAAGCCCAGUCGUUAAUCGCACGCUGCAACAAGGGUAACGAAAUCGAUCUGUUCGACCGCCACAUUCACCUCGUCGACGAUUUCGUUGUCAUGUGGAACAAUGCCGAAGCCCCAGCCGGCAGUGAGGUCGCGGGAGAACUCUGUGCAAGGAACAUCAAUGCGGUUGAAGCGAUGCGCUUGGUAGCGGCUCGCACAAACGUCCCAGUUGCUGAAGUCAUGUACUUUUCCAGCGAAGAAGGCAUCAUCAUCCAGCGCCGUAUCCCAGGUGUCCUCCUCUUUGAUGUCAUCAGAGACAUGAGCGCCGAGCAACUGGCUAUUGCUCUUUUCCAGGUAGCCCAGUUGGUCUGCCAGCUUGCAAAGGAGCAGAUCACGACCUGCCCGCUGACCGCCGCUGGAGGACACCGCAUUUUCCAGCCCACUGCCGAGGAGCACCUGACCCAACUAUCGCCCGAUGAACUUACCCGUCAAGUCUUCAUUCUGUCUCAUCUUGAUCUCCACCCCAGUAACAUUAUCAUAACAGAGGACUGGUCUCAGGUGGCUGGGUUGAUUGAUUGGGAGCGUGCUGCAUACGUGCCUCUCGAGACAGCCUCCUAUGCCCAUGAGAUAUGCGGGUGGAGCUGCUGCCCGCCCGAGUGGGGCCUCCUGUUUGAGUAUGUGAAGGACAUGAUGGGGCUAAGAAAGCUUUAG